GGAUCCUUGUAGCAUUGUUAGUAUCUAUUUGCUUUUAAUUCCAGCAACAUGAAAGUAUUUUUCUGCUUGUUAGCGAUUGUGGCUGCAGCGACAGCUUCUGGCUGGGGCGGUUACGGUGGCUGGGGUGGAAGCGUUGGCUGGAAAGGAGGAUAUGGAGGUGGAUGGGGAUAUGGCGGAGGCUGGAAAGGAGGAUACGGAGGAUGGAGUGCUCCCGUUGUAACUAAGGUUGUCAGUGCACCUGUUGUGAAAGUUAUCGAUCACGGAUGGGUUGGCAAUGGUUACGGAAGUGGAUGGGGAUAUGGUGGUGGCUGGAAAGGAGGUUAUGGUGGAUGGAGAGGAGGAUAUGGCGGAUGGACUGGAGGUGUUGUCUCUGUUCCAGCUAAGAAAAUCAUCUCUGUAUCAGCCCCUGCUCUUCUCACAACUGGUGGAUGGAGUUCCGGUGGCGGCUGGAAGAAAGGAGGAUGGUGGUAACUUUGCUACCCUUAGUUUAAAGAGGCUCAAAGAAUUUAGUUGUAAAAUAAAAGUGAAUUUAUAAGUGAA